CAGCCCUUCCUCCCCUCCCGUCGGCCCCAGCCGGAGAGAACAGCCCAGCCCAGCCGCCUCUCUCUCCCACAAGCCCUGCAAGGCUGCAGGGGAGCAUCAAGCCGAACAGCAUGGAAGAAGAAAUACGCACAGGUCGCUGAUCGAGCCUGCUAGCUGGCUUCCUCAUGCAAGUACCGCAUUGGGGCUGCGCCCUCAUCCACCCUCCCCUCCCCAAGGUAUCACCAAGAAGAGGUUUGCUUUUGGAAAUUACCCUGACUGCCCCACCCCACGACUGAGCUGUCUUGGCUGGAGUGACAGCCAACCUCACCGCCAAGACCUGCGGUUCCAUGGCUAUGUCCCUGCCAGGGAGCAGACGACCCUCGACGGGAUCCCGGAGGCGUCCCUCUCCGCCAGUGAGCAUGCGGGACACUUACGGCACCUCCUCGCUCAGCAGCAGCAGCAACUCCGGCUCCUGUAAGGGCAGCGACAGCAGCCCCACCCCAAGGCGCCCAGUCAAGUACCUGCUGUGCAGUGACAACCAUGGGAUCAAGCCCCCGACCCCCGAGCAGUACCUGACCCCUCUCCAGCAGAAGGAGGUCUGCAUCCGACACCUCAGGGCCAGGCUUAAAGACACGCACGAGAGGCUUCAGGACAGGGAUGCAGAGAUUGACGACCUGAAGACACAGCUCUCCAGGAUGCAGGAGGACUGGAUUGAGGAGGAGUGCCACCGCGUGGAGGCCCAGCUGGCGCUGAAGGAGGCCCGGAAGGAGAUCAAGCAGCUGAAGCAGGUCAUCGACACCGUCAAGAGCAACCUGAUGGAGAAGGACAAAGGGCUCCAAAAGUACUUUGUGGACAUCAACAUUCAGAACAAGAAGCUGGAGACUCUGCUGCACUGCAUGGAGGUUGCCCAGGAUGGGACGGUCAAAGAAGAGGGGGCAGCGGAGUCCGCGGGGGGCUCUCCGGCCCGCUCCCUCACCCGCAGCUCCACCUACACCAAGUUGAGCGACCAGGGGGCCGCCGACAGGAACCUGGGCGGCUCCCAGAUCUCGGUGGAAGAAGCGGCCGACAGUGGCUUUGUGGCUGCAGAUGACUCCUUGAGCCGGACGGACUUGCUGGACCAGAGCAGCCUCCUGUCCUCGGGGGUGGAGUGUGGCACAGACGACACCUCCCUGCAGACCAACUUCACCCUGGGGUCCCGGGUGCCGACCAGCUCCACGUACGAGAAGCUGAUGGGCUCUCAGCACAGCGUCGAGGCUGCGGUGCAGGCCAGCUGCAUGCAGGAGCAAGCCAUACAGACGGACUUUGUGCAGUACCAGCCGGAUCUCGAUACCAUCCUAGAGAAGGUGAUGAAAUCCCAGGCUUGCAGCCUGGGCAGCCCCACGUCCGUGUGGGUGUCUGAAAUGGAGGAUGCGGCCGAGCCGAGUAGCUCAGAGGUCCGGGCCCAGAGCUUGCCCGGGGGCCCCACGGACAUGGCAGCUGUGUUGAUCAGCGCAGGGGAGGAGGGGGAGAACAUUACUGAGCAAGCAAGUUCACCAAGCCCAGCGGCCAACAGCCCAACCGUGCACCAGCCUUCUAGCGCGAGCCAGUCGGUGAGCGUCGUGUGUGCCCCAGAAGAAGAAGAAGAAGAAGAUGAAGCUGCUGCUGAGCCAGGCCGGGAGCUUGUAGCGGCAGCAGCAAGGGAGCCCCAAACUUACUGGAGCCGCCACUUCAUUGUGGAUCUCCUGGCUGUGGUGGUGCCGGCAGUGCCUACGGUCGCCUGGCUGUGCCGCUCGCAGAGGAGGCAGGGCCAGCCCAUCUACAACAUUAGCUCGCUCCUGCGCGGCUGCUGCACGGUCGCCCUGCACUCCAUCCGCAAAAUCAGCUGCCGCUCUGUAGCCAGCACCAGCGGCUCCUGCUCUCAGCCAUGACCUCCUUCCCCCACCCAGACCGUUGCUGCUUUGUCAAGAGAGAGAGAGAGAGAGAGAGCCUGUUCAUGGAAACAACCAUCAUUUAGCUGACCACUGAUUGUAAAUUUCAUCCACGCACUGAGACUUUUUAUUUAUUUAUUUAGGUAUUUAUUGGGCGGUUGGGGGGGGCUGGGUGACAGUUCUGACCUGCUGCAUCUCGAUUUAUACAAAUGACUUGGGGGAGUUAGUGUUGCCCCUCUUUCUGCAACCCUGGAGGAAUUGCAAGGAGCUGGGAUUGGGCAGGCGGCCUCCCCGCUGAAGGACCCUCGCCUUGUAGGUGCUGUAGCUUGUGGAAGUUUUCCUGUCAUUUCACUUCAGGGAAGUUACGAGACAUUUUCCUAAUCUCUCUCCUUUCCGCAGUAGGCUCUUUCUGGCUAUUUUUGCGAUACGCUAGAAAAGCUCCCCGAGAACUUGUUCCUUUCUCUUCUGCUUUUUCUAAGGCUACUCUAUAAACCACCAGUAUCCCUAAUCCUCACUAGGCCACCACCCGUAACCCACUUUUGCUCGCCUUGCCUCACUUACAGGUUCUUGCUGCAGUAACUACAGACCCUGCCGGAGCCUUUUGCUGGCUCCCAAGGGGGAGGGGAGGGGAAGAAAGGGGGCACAUCACAGUUGCCACCCACUGCCAGGUUGACUCAGAAGUGAGGAAGGAGUGGAUUUCAUAGCUCAGCAAUCAACACCUGCUUUGCAUGCAGAAGGCUACAAGUUCAAUCCCCAGCACCUCCAGGUGGGACUGGGACAGACCUCUGCCAGUCAGUGUAUGCAGCACUGGCCUAGAUGGACCAGUUAUCUGACUCCACAUGAGAUAGCUUCAUUAUGGUCCAUGGACUCAGAGUCAUCACUUUCCUCCCUUCAUCCAGUGACAGGCAAAGGGACUGUCUUGGUUCUUUCAUGGGGCACAAACAAAAUAGAGCCCUUUCUCCAUCUAAUGACACAAUGCCCGUCACCUUCCUGGCAGUUUAAAAUGGCACGUUCUUUCCUUCGAAAUGGGUUACCAUUUCCCCAGUCUUACUAAAGCAGUUGGCGCUUGCGUUUUCAAGCUCAGUUCACAGUUUGUGUUUCUUCUUCUUCUUCCCAAACCAAAAAAGUGACUUUGCCAAUUUAUAAUCCUGCAUCGCAACCCUCUCCUGUCGUCCUUUCUGUGCCAUUGGCACCUUAAGUAUGUUCCCUUCCAAUCCACUAGAGGCAGUAGCAGGGCUACUGUUCAGUACAGUGGUACCUCGCAAGACGAAUCCCCUGCAAGACAAAUUUUUCGCAAGAUGAAUGUGUCUUGCGAUCUGAUGGUGACUCGCAAGACAAAUUCGUUUUGCGAAAAAUUCGUCUUGCGAAUCGCGGUUUCCCAUAGGAAUACAUUGAAAUUUAA